ACACAACACUGGCAACGAGGGUGGGAUCGCUUACAAGAUUAAGGAAGAAGACUUGUAAGCUUACCCCGAGAGUCCUCGAGAGAGGAAGACGGCGUUAAACUCAGCAUCUGGCCUGCCCGUACAGCGUCGCUGGAGAGACCCUGAAGAUCGGCGGAAGAGACUCCAGCUGCUGGCAAGAUGGGUGCGGCUGAAUCAGACCUGAGGAUCGUCCUGGUCGGCAAAACAGGCAACGGGAAAAGUGCCACCGGCAACACCAUUUUAAGGAAGAAAGCCUUCACGUCCAAGAUGGCGGCCAGGUCCGUCACUGCCAGAUGUAAAAUGGCCACGGGGACCCUCCCGGAUGGAAGGACUCUGGGUGUGAUCGACACGCCGGGCUUUUUCGAUACCAAAUACCGGACGCCGGUGAUCGUUGCGGAAGUGAAAAGAUGCUUGACCUUCUGCUCCCCGGGUCCCCAUGUCAUCAUCCAGGUCAUCCGUCUGGGCCAUUUCAGCCAGGAGGAGAAGGAGGUUGCUAAACUCCUCAAAGACAUCUUCAGCCUCAAAGCUAAGAGUUACAUGAUCGUCUUAUUCACCCGGAAGGAGGACCUGGAGGGGCGCUCUCUUCACGAAAUGCUGUCCGGGGAUGACGAGGGCUUGCAGGCGCUGAGGGAUCAGAUUCAGAGUUGUGGGAACCGGUGCCUGGCCUUCAACAACAAGGCGGUGGGGCAGGAACAGCAGGAUCAGGUCGACGAGCUGAUCCGGAUGGUGGACGAGCUCGUGCGCCAGAACGAAUCCAGCCCCUUUUACACCAAGGAGAUGAUGGAGGAGGACAAAAAAAACGCCCCCGGAUGGCUGUGCAACAUCCUGUGAUCCGGAGCUCCGGAUGGACACGCCCUUCUGGCACGUCUGGACCGGAGAAGGUGGUCCUGGAUCCCUUGGGCUGCGCCAUUAUCCCAAAGGCGCGGUUUUCUCGUCUUCUCCAAAAGGCCACUGGACUGCGUUUUUCCCCAAGGAAGCUUCACGGCCCAGAAGCUUCCUCGGUUCUGACGGGUCUUUGGUGCCGACCGAAGAAGCUUCUUGGGAGGAGAAGCGUAAUGUCUUCCGAGGAAAAAGAUCGAGAAAGUCCAGUGGCCUUCUGGCAAAGCACCUUUGGGAUAGCCCGGGCUUGGAUGACUGAGAAUCUCCAGAGAUUCUGUCAGAAUAGAACAGGAAGGGAUCUCGGAGGUCAUCUAGUCCACUCCCCUACUCGAGCAGGAGGCCCCAUACAAUUUGAGACUUUUGUUUUUAAUAGAGAGGGGACUUGCUGUCUAGUCUCUUCUGAAAAACCUCCAUUGAAGGAGCGCCCGCAGCUUCCAGUGGCAAGCAGUUCCACUGGUGAAUUGUCCUCACAGUUAGCAACUUUCUCCUUAGUUCCGGGUGGCUUGUUUCCUUGAUUUAGUUUCCAUCCAUUGCUUCUUGUCCUGCCUUUAGGCACUUUGGAGAAGAGCUUGACUCCCUCUUCUUUGGGGCAGCCCCUCUUUGCUAUUACCGAUUUCCUUAGCUUCGUAUAACUGUAACUUUGCUGUUUGUAUCUCAUGAUUACGUCGAUUGCUUUUCAUUUAGUAUCCUAUUUUGAUUUAUGUUGAUUGCUUUUUAUUUCGUACCCUAUGGCUAUCACUAAAUGUUGUAUCUUAUGAUUUAGGAUGAUCGCGUUGUAUGAUUUACGAUCAUGAUUUACCACUUCUUGCUUGUACGCACAGUGAGAGCUUAAGCACCGGAGACAAAUUCCUUGUAUGUCCAAUCACACGAGGCCAAUAAAGAAUUUUAUCAUUUCUA